AUAUUAUAACAAAUCAACAUGGAAGAAAAAAAAAGUAAUAAUAAUAAUAAUGCAUGAUGCUUAACUAGUGGUUGAUUCUCAUAGGGCGCUUGGGACAGUACACCAAAAAAUGACAUACAUACCUACCUAUACAUGCAUCCUGGGCGAGGUCUCCCCUUAACAGAGGGAUAUAUGAUACUACCGUAUGACCAGUUCAGUACUACCCUACACUAUCCUAACCUAUCGACCGAUGAGGACCCAGGGGGGAAACAGACGAUCUACAGGCCUGUCAAUUAUUGUUGGAAGACGAGUACAGGUUCUUGUCCGCCUCGACAAAUCAAUGUCGUGCGGCAACGAUCAACCGUUUAUGGGGCAUGGGAUCGUUCUGACAGGUAAAACCACUGAGCAGUCCAGGAAGAAAACAGUCUGAUCCACUUCCGAACGAUCGGCUGGGGAAAG